UGUUCCGUGGCUGAUGCUCACCUUGAGUUUGAUCUGACCGGGGCAAAACAAACAUUUCCUCGCCGCGUAUUUUAGUCUCCAAAGAAAGUCAAGAGCCUCUGCUUGGUGUUCGCUUGGUUUUUACUGCGUCAAACUGUUUUACUACUCGAGUUUUGCCCUUCAAUGUAGGAGAAGAAAGCACAAACGCGAGGAUCUCGCAGAGGCGCGCAGACACCGAGCGGCGGGUUGAGUCUAUAAGGUUCUCAUGUGUUGUUUAAGAGCGCAGCGCUGCUCGAGCGACACUCAUCUUUGAACUCAGUGUCUGAUAGACUGUCUGUAAAUCCGCUCGUAUCAAUGGCAGAAACCGCUCCAGCCCCGGCUCCUGCCGCUCCGCCGGCCAAAGCGCCCAAGAAGAAGUCCGCUGCUAAAGCCAAGAAAGCAGGUCCAGGCGUCGGUGAACUGAUCGUCAAAGCCGUGUCCGCGUCCAAGGAGAGGAGCGGCGUGUCCCUCGCCGCGCUGAAGAAAGCUCUCGCCGCCGGCGGCUACGACGUAGAGAAGAAGAACUCCCGCGUCAAGCUCGCCAUCAAGAGCCUGGUGACUAAAGGCACCCUGGUGCAGGUCAAAGGGACCGGCGCCUCCGGCUCCUUCAAGCUCAACAAGACCGAGACCAAGAAGAAGCCGGCCAAGAAAGCGGCUCCUAAAGCCAAGAAGCCCGCGGCCAAGAAACCCGCUGCUGCCAAGAAGCCAAAGAGCGCAGCGGCAAAGAAGCCCGCCGCUAAGAAAUCGCCCAAGAAGGCCAAUAAACCCGCCGCUGCAGCUACUAAGAAGGCGACGAAGAGCCCCAAGAAGGCAAAGAAGCCGGCAGCGCCCAAGAAAGCAGCCAAGAGCCCCAAAAAAGCCAAGACUGCCAAACCCAAGGCGGCCAAGCCUAAAGCUGCAAAGCCUAAAGCUGCAAAGCCUAAAUCAGCAAAGCCUAAAAAGGCAGCUCCCAAGAAGAAGUAAACAUUUACUGUUUUAUUCCCCAACGGCUCUUUUCAGAGCCACCCACAAACUCUACAGAAAGAGCAAACAUGCAGUUCAGUUCUUAAAGUAAAUUAUUGUAAGAUUAUGUG